AUGCGCCUCUCUACCUUCAUCACCUCUCUCUUCCUGGUCCUCCCGGCGCUGGUCGCCGCGGACAAAAACAUCAUCAUCACCACCAGUACCGGCGAUCAGACCCUCCACAUCGCCGGCGGAGCCUUCACUCGGCUCACCUUUGAGUACAUGAGCCCUGACUUGUACAAGCUCGUGCAGGCGGACGAUAGGCACGAUGAUGGGUGGCAAGCUGGGAAUGGCUCUUUUGACCAUGAUGACCGCCUUUGCCACCUCACUGGCGCCCUGGACCAGACGGCCAUUGACGGCUCGGGUCAGGCGUUCUGGAACAUCGCUCCGAAAGCCAGCUCCGGCGCCAACAGCUGCAAGGCCGCCAAACUGGGCAUUCAGCUCGUUUGCGGCGACGAUGUGAGGUGCUGGAACUAG